CAAGAGGUGAACUCAUAGUUUCCUUUCACCAGUUUGUGGCCGUGAUGAAUAUCCCCCACAGUGUAAGUGAGGGGGAGCAGAGGGGCUUGUGUGUUAUAAGAGCUAGAUCAAAUUUAAACUACUCAGAUGAGAGAGAACUCCUCAGUUUGUCACAGCAGAAAACAUACGCACUGCGCGUGCUGUGUGAACAAGACGGCUCUGCAGCACUCAGAUCUACUGAAGCUAACAGUGAGAUCAUUUACUGAGUGAUACAGAGUGUGCUGAGAGAUUCUACGCUCCACCACAAACACCAAAGUGUAAAUGUGAAGAUGCAGUUGGGCCUGAUUCUAGCCGCUCUUCUCUGUCUUACCACAUGGGCGAACUUGGUACAUGCAAUGCAUGGACCUGUGCAGUCCUGUUCAUGCGUCUCAUGGUCAAAAACCAAAGUCCCUCCUGAUAGAAUUACAAGUUACACCAUUCAGAAGGAAGGUGCCUGUACCACUGCAGCAGUUAUAUUUCGGACAAUCAACAAAAAGAUAAUUUGCUCCGACCCCAACAGCAGGUGGGCAAAAAGUGUGAUUCAGAAGGUUGAUGAGAGGGUACAAGCAUCAUCGAAGAAGACACCAAAGGAAAAGGGAAGUGACAUGACACCAACAAGUCGCAUUGCAAGACCAACAAUCAUGACACCAGCAAGCAUUAUGACAUCAGGAGCAACCAUGGCACCAGGAAGUGACAUGGCACCAGCAGCAACUAUGUCAUUAACAAGUGACUUUGCACCAGCAGCAACCAUGGCACCAGCAAGUGCCGUUGCACCAGCAAGCAGUGUGGCACCAGCAGCAACCAUGGCACCAGCAAGUGCCGUUGCACCAGCAAGCAGUGUGGCACCAGCAGCAACCAUGGCACCAGCAAGUGCCGUUGCACCAGCAAGCAGUGUGGCACCAGCAGCAACCAUGGCACCAGGAAGCAGUAUGGCACCAGCAGCAACCACGGCUCCAGCAAGUGGUGUUACACCAGCAAGCAGUGUUGCACCAGUAGCAACCAUGGCAUCGGGAAGCAGCAUUGCACCAGCAGCAACCACGGCACCAGCAAGUGGCAUUGCACCAGCAAGCAGUGGGGCACCAGUAGCAACCACAGCACCAGCAACCAUUAUGGCAUCAAUAGGAACCACGCCACCAGCAAGAGGCAUUGCACCAGUAGCAACCAUGGCACCAGCAAGCAGAAUGACACCAGCAGCAACCAUGACAUCGGGAAGCGGCGUUGCACCAGUAGCAACCAUGGCACCAGCAAGCAGAAUGACACCAGUAGCAACCAUGACAUCAGGAAGCCGCGUUGCACCAGUAGCAACCAUGGCACCAGCAAGCAGAAUGACACCAGUAGCAACCAUGACAUCAGGAAGCCGCGUUGCACCAGUAGCAACCAUGGCACCAGCAAGCAGAAUGACACCAGUAGCAACCAUAGCACCAGCCAGUGGCAUUGCACCAGCAGCAACCAUGGCAUCAGGAAGCAGUGUGGCACCAGCAAAGGCACCCAAAAAAAGAUUCAGAUCUCGAAAGAAACGACCCUGGAAAAAGAACAGGAGAAUGAGACAGUGGCAGAGAAAACUGUCCUGAGGAGCAACAAGCGACAAACAGUACUCAACUGUCCUACUAUAUUAUGUCUGACGGAAAUAAGCCUGAAACAAACAAACAAAUGAAAAACAGUAAUAUAUAAUUUAUUUAAAAGGGUCUUGGCAACACUUUAAUAGUAAGCUUCUUUUUUUUUUUUUUACAUCACCCAGGGAUCCAUACAGUUUGUUUUUAUUUCAUUUCACACAUUUCACUAAAAUGUAUGUAUUUUAACUUUCCUACUGUCUACUAUUUGCAAAUAAAUAACUUUUCAGCAAAUGUAUUUUAUUUUAAUCAGAACUGACUAGUAUGCUGACAAAGAACUGAACUGCUUUUCAUUAUGAUUCUGUUUCUGAGUAGCUCCCACAUGUUCACAGACAAAUGCAAUUAACAGAUUAGCUGGAAGGAAACCAGCUGAGAAACAGCUGAUAACAAUGUCUGUGAUAAUGAUCUAGACAGAGACCACAUUUUGCAUCUAUCCAGACUUGAGAUUAAGGCAAAAAUCUUACAUAGGUUCAUCUAAAUUCUCUUUGCAUGCAAAGAAACUUUACAGCACCUACGUCCAUGUGGUGCAAACAGAAGCCAUUCAUACUGUAUAUGGAAGCAAAGUAUUACAAUUGAAUGAUAUGUUCUCAUUAGACCCUGCAGUGGAAAUAGAGAUGUGCCACCACAGGUCUACAUGGUCCCUCUGAUAGUUU